AUGGCUCCCAAUCACCGGACUUCCUCCACCGGCAGUUUCAUUGAGAACAUCAUGGCUGCCCGGAAACAGCUCGAUAACAUGGCCCUGAGCACACCCGACUCCUCGCUCGAUGGCUCCGACGGCUCCCCCGGCGGCUCUGCCGGCUCCUCUCCGCUCGGCAGCCCGGCUGGGGCUCUAUCACCCGUCACCCCCACGACCGCCGUCGACGCUCCCGUGGCCGACAGCUUCGCAUUUGCCUUUGAUAUCGACGGCGUCCUUAUCAGGGGCGGCCGUGCCAUCCCCGAAGCUGUUGAGGCCAUGAAGGUGCUCAACGGCGAGAACGAGUACGGUAUUCAGAUUCCAUACAUCUUCCUCACCAACGGUGGUGGUAAGACGGAAGAGGAGAGGUGCGCCGAUCUGUCCAAGCAGAUGCAAAUCGACAUCUCUCCCGCACAGUUCAUCUGCGGCCACACCCCUAUGAGGGAAAUGGCCGAGCGCUUCAACACCGUCCUCGUCGUCGGCGGCGAGGGCGAGAAGUGCCGUCAAGUGGCCGAGGGCUACGGAUUCAAGGAUGUCAUCACCCCUGGCGACAUCAUCAAGCACAACUCUGCCACGACUCCUUUCCGCAAGCUCACGCCGGAAGAGCUGAAGAACUCUCGCGAGCGUGACUUCUCCAACGUCACCAUCGAGGCCAUUUUCGUCUUUGCCGAUUCCCGUGACUGGGCUGGCGACAUCCAGAUCAUGCUCGACCUGGCCAUGUCCAAGGGUGGCAAGCUCGGCACCUUGAGCGAGACUCUGGACGAGGGCCCGCCAAUUUACUUCUCCCACAACGACAUCGUCUGGUCCGCCGCCCACGACAAUGUCCGUCUCGGCAUGGGCGCGCUUCGCCGCAUGCUCGAGGUCAUCUUCAAAGACGUUACAAAGAAGAAGGGCAAGCUGCACACCCAUGCCUUCGGCAAGCCCCAGGUCAGCACUUUUGAGUUCGCGACAAGGCUGCUACAGCAAUGGAGACGUCAGCAGCACGGUCUCGACGCGCCACCCGACACUGUCUACUUCGUCGGCGAUACGCCCGAGAGCGACAUCCGUGGCACAAACCUCUACAAUGAGCAGGCCGAAAACGAGUGGCACAGCAUCCUCGUCAAGACUGGCGUCUACCAGGACGGCACCGAGCCUGCCUACAAGCCCAAGGCCGUCGUCCCCACAGUCUUGGACGCUGUUCGCUACGGUAUCCAGCGUGAGAUCCGAAAGCGUGUCGUUUCUUCCCUCCGGAAGGACGUCCUUGGCGAAGCAGACUGCCUGCGCGCCAUGCAGGAGAGGGACAGUGCUGUUCUAACACCGCUUGAGGAGCGCAGCCAGCCGAUUCUGGGCUGA